UUUACCGAGAUUCCGAAAAUGCUUAUAACGGAGCUUGGAAAGUUCUACAAGACAGAUAUGGAAAUCCGUUUAUUGUACAAAAAGCGUUCCGUGAUAAGCUCUUAAAAUGGCCAAAGAUAAACACUAAUGACCCACGAGCACUACAAGAGUUCUCUGACUUCCUCCAAAGCUGUGUUGAAGCAAUGCCACACGUCAGUGGUCUAGCUAUUCUUAACGAUUGUGAAGAAAAUCAAAGGUUGCUCAAAAAACUACCUGAAUGGAUUGUUAGAAAGUGGAGUCGAAUUGUGGUCGAUGAACUCGACACAACAGGCAACUUUCCAGACUUCGCAUGCUUCACUGAGUUCCUAAGUAAAGAAGCGAGAAUCUCUUGUAAUCCCAUUACUUCUCAACUGUUGACAAAUUUCAGAACUAUAGAUGACAGGAACCUAAAGAGAGCUAAAGCCUUCAAUACAAACACACAACCAAGAGAUCUUGCACACGAAAGCCAAGUAGCAAUUAGCAGUAAACCCAAAUGGCCUUGUUUUGUGUGUAAAAAUGAGACACAUGUCAUCACAAAAUGUCCCACCUUUGCAGCUAAGAGCAUUGAGGAUAAAAGAGCCUUUAUACAUGAAAACAGACUCUGUUUUGGAUGCUUGAGAAAGGGUCACAUGACCAAGGAUUGUAAAAGACGACACACCUGUAGCACCUGCAAUCGACGUCACCCAACCUGUUUGCAUGAGGACCGAAGGCAAGAACUGGUGGAAGCACGAACUAGUAACUCUGCUGCCACAGAAGGACAUGAAAGUCAAGUGCCACACCAUGCUGUGUCACACAUAUCAACACAACAUACGUCUGCCACCUCAAGUAUUGUACCAGUUUUUGUUUCAUCAGUUCAAGAACCACACAGAGAAGUACUCACAUAUGCAAUGCUGGACACACAAAGUGAUUCAACAUUUGUUUUAGAAGAUGUGCUCGACAAAUUAAGUGUAAACGUCCAACCAGUAAACUUGAAACUUAGUACCAUGACCGCAAUUGACACAAUUAUACCCAGCAAGUGCGUUCAUGGUCUACAAAUACGAGGACUCAAUUCUGAGAUCCUCAUUCAAAUACAAAAAGCCUAUAGUCGUGACUUCAUCCCAGUAGACAAAUCUUAUAUUCCAACAAAGGAGACAGCAUUGCUUUGGCCUCAUCUCAAAACUUUGGCAUGCAAGAUGCCACCUCUUCAAGACUGUGAUAUAGGGCUCUUAAUCGGAUACGACUGUCCUACAGCACUGGCUCCUCGUGAAGUAAUUUUAGGUGACACAAACCAGCCGUUCGCACAACGAUCAGAACUAGGAUGGAGUAUAAUAGGUUCAGCAAACCCCCACCUAGACAGACAAGGAAGUCAUAGCUUUGUGCACCGGCUCACAGUCAAGGAGUUGCCAUGUCCAACAACGACAGAUGUUAUAAAGGCCCUUGAAGCAGACUUCAGUGAGAAAGCGUACGAGGAUAGGUACGUGUCACAAGAAGAUGUCCAGUUUAUACAGUUUCUCAGUAAAAAUAUUAAGCAAAAUCAUGACAGCCAUUAUGAGAUGCCCCUUCCUUUUAAAGGUGACAGUUUACCUAAUCUGCCAAACAACAAGAAAUUAGCUAUGGUUCGCUUACAGUGUCUUAAAAGAAAAUUGAAGGCCAAUAAACAAUAUUAUGAUCAAUACAAAACAUUCAUGGAGGAAACUAUUAAUAAGGGCGAUGCAGAGCCUGCCCCUACAACAUCGCAAGGUCAAAUAGAGUGGUAUCUGCCGCAUCAUGGCGUUUAUCAUCCUAAAAAGCCAGAUAAGUUAAGAGUUGUGUUUGAUGGUUCUUCAAAAUUUCAUGGAAUUUCUUUAAACGACACACUGCUAACUGGACCUGAUCUAAUUAAUCCCUUAGUAGGAGUGCUUUGUAGAUUCAGAAAGGAAAAGGUAGCCAUUAUCUGUGACAUCGAAAGAAUGUUUUAUCAAUUUUCUGUCUCUCCGGAGUCAAGAAAUUAUUUGAAAUUCCUUUGGUGGAAAGGUGGUGAUCUGGAGAAGGAACCACAAGAGUACAGAAUGACAGUUCAUCUCUUUGGAGCCGCAUCGGCUCCGGGAUGUGCCAAUUUUGGCCUCAAGCAUCUAGCAAAACAAUACAAGGAUAAUCAUCCACGGGCAUUAACAUUUUUGGAGAAAAACCUUUAUGUCGAUGAUGGUUUAGCUAGUGUGUCAUCAGUGGAAGAAGCCAAGAAACUGAUCACCGAGUCACAAGAGUUGUGCAAAAUGGGAGGCAUGCGCCUGCAUAAGUUCAAGUCGAAUGAAGAUGUAUCUCCGUCAGAACAGUGUCUCUGUGUUCAGUGGUCAAUUAAAGAAGACGCUUCCAACUUUAACAUAUCUGCAAAGGAUCAGCCUUCCACCCGCCGUGGCUGUUUGUCCGUCAUCGCCUCUCUCUUCGAUCAACCUGGAUUCAUUGCCCCAUUCAUUCUAACAGGAAAGCGAAUCCUUCAAGAGCUUAGUCAACGCAACACUGGAUGGGACAAGCCAUUCUCAGAAGAUAUUAGACCACGGUGGGAGGAAUGGAGGAAUGAUCUUCUCAAAUUGAAACAGGUUGUGAAUCGUGCUCAAUUAAUUAGAAAUGACAAUGAUCCACAGACUUGGGAACUUUUAACACCAAACCAUCUCAUGUUGAAAGCACAAGUUUCCCUUCCUCCUCCUGGAGUAUUUGUAAAGGAAGAUUUAUAUGGGACAAAGCGGUGGAGGAGAGUCCAAUAUCUUAUUGAACAAUUGUGGAGUCGGUGGAAAAGGAAAUACUUCCUUAACAUAUGCACAAGAAAGAAAUGGCACUUACCAAAGCGCAACCUAAAUGUCAAUGAUAUUGUUAUCAUAAGGAACGAUCACCUUUCAAGAAAUCAGUGGCAAUUAGGACGAGUAGUUGAGGCAGUCCAAGAUGGCAAUGACUUAGUUCGGCGAAUCAAAGUUGGCGCACGCAAGGCGCAAGAAAUUCAGAGUUCCUCCUUUAAAAAGUCCGUUAUCGAGAGACCAAUUCAAAAACUAGUUCUUCUCGUGGAGAAUUGACAGUAGUUGUACACGCACACAGUUGAGAAAUUCUGUACAAUUCAUUUUACUGUUGUUUGUUCAUUGUAACAGAAUUUGGUGGGAGUGUAAAUGGCGUGUGGGUCUGUGAAUUGCGGGCACUUCCGUUUUUGCAUUUAUUUUGAAAGGCACCGCGCACAACCCCAUGCUCCCGUCUUUUUCUUAAUGAGGAAAUCUAGCACACCUGUCUGUAAACCUGUCCACACGCUGCACUGUCUGAGAAGCAGCGCAGCCACAUCGUAGGUGAGUCCACAAAUAAAUUGCAAGAGUUAUUAUUACUGCGGGAAUUUAUGUUUAUAUUCGUUUGGCUUGUAUUUGUUUGUGGAAAGACUGUAGUGUGGAGAGGUUAUAUUGGUUCGAUUGAAGAUAGCGCGCUCGGAAAGCAGAUGGAGUUUUCACGGUGUCAACAAAAGAACAAAAAAUGACUGAAAAUAAAGUUAAAGAACACCCGUCGAAGCCCUCUGCGUGUCGCAUCAUUCCGAGC